AUGAAAGCAACGAAAAACUUAAACGAAUCGUUCCUGAUGCGGAGGGGAUGGUUCGGGGAUGUUUACUAUGGUGAACUUUUGCAUGGAUCAGUUCUUGUCCCUACUGCCAUCAAACGAUAUACGAGACGACGCGGGCCGACGGAUUCUUGGCCGGACGUUGAAAAGCAAAAGCUUUACGCUUUGCGACACCCGAAUCUUGUGUCCAUGAUUGGUUAUUGUGAUGAUGAUCGGUAUGAGAAAGAAAUCAUUCUUGUGUACGAGUAUAUUUCGAGUAGAAAAUCUCUUAAUGAUCAUCUUCAUGUGCUUAGUACCCCGCUUCCCUGGAUUCGCCGAUUGGAAAUAUGCAUUGGUGUUGCUCAUGGGUUGGAAUACCUACAUUCUGCUGGCGUUAUGCAUGGCGACAUUAGGAGCCAUAAUAUCAUGAUGACUGAAAGUUUGGUACCCAAAAUUACAGAUUACGGCUUGUCCGAACUAUCUCUAGCUUAUCGUCCAACUGCCGUCAGCAUUCCUCUUAGAGCUUGUGGCUAUGUGGAUGCCGCUACAAUUAACCAUCAUGGAGGCUUAACAAUGAAAUCUGACGUGUUUUCACUUGGCGUGCUUUUGUUGGAGUUGCUUUGUGGGAGGCCUGUACUGGAUUACAGUUGUCAUGGCGAUGACCCACAGCGGUAUCUGGUUUAUUGUGCCGUAUCUUUAACGAUGUUAGAGGAUGUGAUCGAUUCCAAUGUGAAGGAUGAGAUAUCCAAAGAUUGUUUGGAGGACUUUUUCGAGAUUGCAAAGAGAUGCGUGAAUGAAUCUCAACAACAGCGACCUGACAUGGCUGAGGUCGUGACCCGCCUUGAGUCUAUAUUGACGUUACAAAAGGGUCACACGAAUCCUUUGCAGGAUGCGCUAAGUGUGAAGAUGCUUACUUAUGAUGAUUUGAAAAAAGCUACAAGUGACUUUAGUCGAAAUCCGCCUUUUGGUGAGACAAAGGUCUUUCUAGGUUGGGUUGAGCUUGAGCAGGAGAAGUUAGCCCCUUCGAAAGAAGGUGUUGGAAUUGUUGUUGCCGUUGCUUCCAAAUCGAUGGCUCAUGAUGACUGGCUGGUAAGUCUCACCAAAUGUACACAUUGCAUAUAUUCAUGGUUGUAA